GCCCUAAUUUAUCGAUUUGGGGGAAUCGAAACGCCGAGACAUUUGGUAUUAUCCUCAUCGCCUUAGCUCAGCUUCUUCUUUUUUCUCCGGAUUCUGCUUCUCCGUCAACGACGCCGAUCAAGACCAAGCAGGAUUAACUUUGUUUUUGAGAAGAUGUCUACCGUAUCAAAGACCAAAUCAAGAGACAAGAAGAUUGUUAAUGAUUCACAGAAGGCACCAAGCCAAGCCUCUGGAUCCAUAGGUGCAACUACUGGUGGUGCUUACAAUCCUCUCUUAGGGACUUUUCAAACCGUUGAGACACUGAAUGGUUCCUCAUCGCUUCACAAUAACGGCCGUUUCAGAAGCAUUGAUGACUCGGAUUCAACCACCGCCGACUUUGAUUCCGUCUCUAACAACGGUAGCUGGUCAGGCGAUUCGGAAGAUCACAAAGAGAAGGCACUACCUACGACAGCCACCGCAAAGCAAGAAGCCAUUCCGGGAGCAGCUGACAACGAUAAUAAGCGAGAGAAGAUGCGGCUGAAGAACGAGAGAAAGCAUCAGCGGCAGAAGGAGAAGCGAGCUCAGGAGUUGCAUGAGCGGUGCUGUCAGUUUCUGAUGUCGAGGAAACUCGAAGUCCUUGUUCAGCAGGUGCAGGUCAUAGUGAUGGGGAUUUCUCAUGAGCGUGCGACUUACGCUCUGAUGUUGAAUGAAGGGAAGCUAGAAGAGUCUGUUAAUUGGCUGCUUGAUGAUAGUGGGGCGAGUGUAGCUGAUACGAAACUAGAUCCCGCCUCUGGGAACUUGAAGCUUGACAUAUCGCAAGAGCUGGGGAGAAUCUUGGAGUUGGAAAGGGAAUAUAAGUGCGCAAAGCAGGAUGUAGAAAAGGCUGUGGUUACAGCGGAAGGGGAUAUUGAGAAAGCAGAGGAAUCGUUAACAAGACAGAAGGAAGAGCAAUCUACUGCUUCAGUAAAAGCAGAGGAUGUUAGUGAUAAUGCGUCCGUUAGCAGAGUCCCUUCUGUGCAGGAAAGCCAAAACAGAGUAGCCGCCCAGUUGCAACCUAACUCAGGCAUGUAUACUGCAGGGGGAGAAGAAGACAGAAAGAGUCUCGGUUACCUCAGAGGAUCCAGCUAUGUUAAUGGAGAAUCCGGAAACGAAAGAGUAGAUAGAAUUCACACGGAAUUGCAGUGGUUGAAAAUGCAACAGAAUGCUGCCAUGGAAGAGAAGAAACGCAUGUUAACUCAACAGACACAGCUGCCGCGGCCAAGAGAAGAAACGCAUUAUGUGUCGGCUCAAGGUGGUCAAUUCAAGAGACUUCAGCAGAGGGAACCAGUUAUGGCGAUGCAGCAACAACAACAACGCACUCAGUUACCUGUCUCUACCAUGAAUUCAUCCUUUACUGUAUCAGGAGGCAGCGAUUGGUACUCUGCAAAUAGAUCUGAUGAGGCGGCACAAUCUAACGGUUACUUGCCCACAAGAACUCUGCCUCCUAGUGAUCUGAAUUCAAAUCUGAUGUACCAGCAGCUUCAGUACCGACAAUAUCAAGGCCAGGGGAACAACGGUCACAGAACGGCAGGAGGUUCUGCUUCUUCACAGCAUGCUGUGGCACCAGCUGCUUCUCUUGGGCUCUUCUCGGGGUAUGGAUCAACAUCUUCAUCUGGGGUGGACUGGAACACGGAUGGGUCAGCGGGAUAUUCGGAUUACAACAACAUUGAUUGGAGUUUAGACAGAGGCCUAGCUUGUCCGAGACCAAACCAACAACAGUACGUAGCGGCAUCAUCCCCAUAUGAAGCAAACAUGAAUGGAAGGACAAGAACGAUGGGCAUGGCAAUGGGAGUGCAGGAAGCUGCUUUAGUGGGGAAUGGGAGAGAAUGGACAUCGCCAUUUGAGGGUAAAGAUCUGUUUAGUUUGUCUAGACAGUACGUGCCUCCUUCUCUUUGAAGGUGAAAGUUGCUUCUAUAAUAAAGAUGAUGAUCGAUGGGUAUGUGUUUGUGGUUACUAGUUUUAUCAAGAGCGAGUUUCUUGCAUGUUUGCUCAAUCAUAAUGGAUCUUUUCAAAAUUUCCUAAUAUUUUAUCCCCAACGUAUC